AGACUCUAUAGCCUUAAUUAAAAGAUGGGAACAACUAAACAAACGGCUCGAAAGAGUCAACGAGGAGAGGUACCGACAGCUGGCAUGGGCCGACUGAUGACUAAACGACAGGUUAUGGCGAAGAAGUCUCUACCAACAAAGCAGCCAAGAUACUCUGCUUCUCAAGUGAGGGCGAACAAGAGGAAGAGGAGGCCGAGGAGGAAGGGAGUUGUGGCCCUGUCUGAGAUCAAGCGCUACCAGAAGAGCACGGAGUUGCUCAUUAGGAAGCUACCUUUCCAGAGAUUGGUCAGAGAAAUUGCAAUGGAUGUGUACGGAAGCGCAGAUUUGAGAUUCCAGACAGGAGCAAUCGGAGCGCUUCAAGAGGCAGCAGAGGCAUAUCUAGUCGGUCUGUUCGAAGACACCAAUCUCUGUUCCAUACAUGCUAAACGAGUCACUAUCAUGCCACGCGAUAUGCAACUGGCAAGGAGAAUCAGAGGCGACUACUUCACUAUGUAGAUACGAAAACCGACUCGAUUUGAAAGAUGGGAACUACAUACGAUCCGAGUCGUGGCACGAUUGAUGUUAAACCAGUGUUCGUAUUACUAACGCGUGAAAUACCAAUAAAAAAUACAAACUGUUCGGAACAUUGCUGACUAUAUUAAAAAGUAUUUAAGAUUUGUCUAGUAUUCAUUGCUGGUGAAAAAUUCAUUUGAAAUUUUGGAAGGCAAAAUAAAUGUAUAUUAAACCGUAAUAAUGAAAACUUAGAUUUCAAUUUGUUUAGUUUCGUGUUUGUUGGUCAUUUUCCUCUUUAAUUGAUUUUUCCCAAUUUCUUCAGUGUUGCUGAAACAAGGGUCGCAUUUAUUUUGGCUGGGUAGUUGACUAUUCUAGCCGGUUUUUCAACUUCAUGUUCUAAGUGAAGCUAAAUUUGAGCUCUCCAAAAACUAAAAUCAAUAUUGCUCAAAAAUUCGCCCUGAACAGUUUUAAAGUAAAUUUUAUUUUUAGAAUUCCCAGCGGAUUAGAAACAGAAAUAUGCUUAAUGGUCUUGGUUAUUAAGAAUAAACGUUGUCUAAGUUUUUCUAAACGAGUUUCCGGAACUAUAGCAUGAAUUUCGUCCUUGUUACUCUUUAGUUCAGUAAUGCUUUUUCAACGCUUUCUUGGAUUUGUUUGUCACAUGUGAAUAAAUUUAUUUGUUAUGAUCGGUAUGAAAAAUGCUGCUGUCGCAAAUCAAUAACCGUGAUGAUUUCUAUUGUUUGAAUACUAAUCAAUUCAGUUUUGUGGAUAUUG